UCUAAUUUUGAAAAGAAAACGGAAGUUUCACGCAACGCAGUAAACAUGGACGACGCACAGGAUGAUUUAAAUCCUGAACAAACGGAAAAAUUAUUACAAUUCCAGGAUUUGACUGGCAUAGAACAAAUCCAAAGGUGUCGCCAAAUUUUGGAAGGACAUGAUUGGAAUAUUGAGGCUGCUGUACAGGACACCUUUAAUGAACAGGAAGGGGCACCUACAGUGUUUGAUAGACCUCCAUCAAGGCAGGAAGAAAGGACCCCACUUGUCAACUUGCAGCCUGCUAACCAACGGGUAAUACUUUACCCAGGCAGGAGGCCGCAAGGCAUAUUUCAGUGGACAUACUACCUCCUCACUAUGCCCAUCCGUUUUGUGUGGACUACCAUUUUUGACAUUCUUAGAGUUUUUGUCAGCUUUUUCCGCCCUGACCCUAGGAGAUUUAUCACAGACCCACUAGGAGAUGUUACAAAAUUUAUUUCAUCGUUUGAGUCAAGAUAUGGCCAGCGUCAUCCAGUUUUUUACCAGGGGACUUAUAGUCAGGCUUUGAAUGAUGCUAAGAAAGAGUUGAGGUUUCUCUUGGUAUAUUUACAUAGUGAGGAGCACCAAAACACUGAGCAGUUCUGCAGGGAGGUUCUAUGCAGUGAUAAUUUAAUAACUUUUGUCAAUAGCAGUAUGUUGUUCUGGGCCUGUAACACCAGUAGUCCUGAAGGCUAUAGGGUAUCACAAGCCUUGAGGGAACACGCCUACCCUUUUUUAGCUGUCAUAGUGCUGAGAGAGAAUAGAAUGAGUGUUGUGGCUCGCAUAGAGGGGAGCAUCACAGGUACACAAGAACUGAUUGACAGACUUGAACAAGUUAUGGCUGAAAAUGAAACUUCUUUAGUUGCAGCAAGAGCAGAAAGAGCUGAGCGAAGUUUCAACCAAUCUUUACGCCAGCAACAGGAUGAGGCAUAUUUAGAGUCACUGAAGGCUGACCAGGAAAAGGAGAAAAAAAAACGCGAGGAAAGGGAAAAACUUGAGGAAGAAGAAAAUCAAAGGAGGCGUGCUAAUGAAGAGCGCGAACAGCAGUUUUUGGAAAGAGAAGAGAAAAAAAGUGACUUGGAGAAACAGCUGCCCCCAGAACCAGAUGUUUCUGACCCUGACUCUAUUAGAAUCAUGCUGAAAAUUCCAAAUGGUAGCAGGAUUGAAAGGCGCUUUCAUAGACAUCAUUCUCUCAAGUGGCUUUACUAUUAUGUGUUCUGUCACAAAGACUGUCCAGAUGAUUUUCAAAUAGUCACAAAUUUCCCGCGAAGAACAUUACCAUGUGAACCAAAAGAUUCAGAUAGUGAUCCCCCAACCUUUGCUGAGGUGGGUCUAGGCAAAUCAGAAAUGCUUUUUGUCUUUGACAAUGAGGCAUGACACUAAGGGUUGCUAUGGCAACAGACAAUCAUUGGUUAAAGAUUAAAAAUUAUGCAGUACGUAAUAAAGUAGUUGUUCCACUAAAUGUGGUUUGAUGUGACCAGUUACUGCCACUUAUCCACAUACUACACUAGUCCAGUCAUUUCUGACUUGAAUAAAGGUUGUAAUACUUUCCUACUGGGGUUGUCAAGCUAUCAGCAUACAGUCUGACUGGGUUGUCAAGCUAUCAGCAUACAGUCUGAUUUAAGUCAGUUUGGUGAUACGAUAGAAACAAAUAUUCCUACUUGGUGCAGUUUUUGCAGGUUUACUAUGUUCUAUUUGUUAGGAUUGCUGCAGUGAUAAUAUAUGAUUUUUGACUGUCCAAAUUCUGUUUUUUAAAAAAACCUGUAUAAUUGGUUGUUGAGUGAUUUUAAAUAAUUAUAGCAUAUGAAGUGUCUGAUGUAUGAUUUUUAAAAAUUGUAGCAUAUAAAGUAUUUUGUAUGAUUUAAAAAAUAAUUCUAGCUUAUGCACUGUCUGAUGUAUGGUAGGAUGUUGAAUGAUUUAAAAUAAUUGAUAAGCUUAAUAAUUCCUCUUCUUAUUCUUUUCUAUAUCAAACAUAGCUAAUUAAGUUACAAAGCUGGUUAAUGACACAUUUUUUGUAAAGUAUGAAUCACUGCUAAUGACAAUAUUUUUGUGAAGAAUGAAGCAUGGCUAAUAUAGUUUUGACAGACAUAAAAUAUGGCUAAAGUAAAGAGUUUUUAUGGUAAGAAACAGCACAAGCAAUAGCUGCUAAAAGAGAUAUCCAGAUUUGUUUUUAAACAAAAUAAAAUAUAUUCACGAUGUGAUCAUU